UUGCCGCUAUUCGUAAAAUAAAAUUGUUCACUUUUUUGUUUUUAGAUGCUAAUUUUGAUUUUCCUUAAUGUUGAAAUAUGCGGAAUGUGUGGAAGAGAAAAUAAGAUAUACAGUGAAAGAGCAAGGAAAUGUUUUAAAGCAGUCCGGACGUUAAGAAAAGCUAUAUAGUGUUGCAGAAAACCUAAAAUAAGAUACAUGGAUACGAGUGUGCAUGUUGUGUGAUUAUAAUAAUACUGUUACGCUAAACAUAAGUUCAAGAAAGUUGUGGGUGGUUUUGCGGGAUUUCACUGACGACGCGUAAACACUUCCCUCCGUUGUUGAGGGCGGUAAAUGGGGCAAGGCGAAUAUAUCUUGUGCACUCCCAGCAGUCUCGCCCCAAAUUCACCACUUUGCAGCUGCUUACGGUGCUACCAUAGUUUUCUUUCACUGCAAACUAUGGGGAUUUCAAUGCGAGACCAAAUAAAAAUGCAAAGCAAGUUUGAUAGCGACUUUGGAGCACGUCGGAAGUAUUUGCGGCAGGCAGCGCUACGCGAACCAGCGCCCAAAUGCAACGCCAAGUCGAUCUAAAAUUGAAACCUAAAUAAAAGAGAUUCAGUGCAAAUUUGUAGCAAAUCUUAAUGAAAACCAUGAAACAGGAAAGAAAAUGUCUAAUAUUUGUGGGCACGAUGCAAUAAUGAUAAGAAUUAAAUGAAUAAACAAUAAUCUGCAGAAUCUAUAUUAAAGAUGUGGUCCCAGAGUGAGAAAAAUGCAGAGUUGUGUUGUAUAAUGGGUGUGUGUAUGUGGUUGCAUAUGUGUGAGCAUAGACUAUUUACAAAGUGCGAAGGGGAUCAGCUGCAGAAUGUAUAAAACAAUAAAUCACAUGCAAAUUUAGUGAAUAAUAAAAUGCAGUCCAAACAAAAGUGAAACUGUGUAAAUAUACAAAGUGAGGAAUAAAACGCGCACAAAGUAACAAUAUUAAUAAUAGGCUAAGCGACAACUAAAUUUAUAGCUAUACCCUCGUUGUAUUGAUGAUAAUAAAAACAACGUUCAAAACAAAAACUAAGCAACGAGACACCACAAUCGCCAGCCCACCCAAACAACUACAUAACAUUUAACGCGUGUGGCGACGCGACGAGGCUAUUGCCGUGUUGCAACUCGCCGACCAAGCAUUGUCUUUCCCCCCGUGCAGCAUUACCAACAGCCUGCCAAAUGAAAAUGGUAGAUAAAUCGUCCAAGUUGGAUAAGUUUAGUGCCAACAUGGGAGGUGGCGGCAGUGGCGCCGGUGGUAGUGGCAGCGGUGGUGGCGCCGCCGGUGGCAGUGGUGGCAAUAGUGGUAUUAUGACUGGCAGUAGUGGCUAUGGUGCUGCCGCUGCCGGCGGCGUUGGCAGUCAGAAUGGCCAGAAGCCGGUGCCAAUGAAAUUGUUCGCUGCCUGGGAAGUGGAUCGUACACCGCCAAAUUGCAUACCAAGGUAAGUUUUGCAUUCGGUUUUCUUUAUGUAAUUUCAACAGGAGCCCUUUUUGCGCUG